AAGCAUUUCGGAAAAUACAAUGCAAACAAACGCGCUGACAGCUGCGCCUGCUCCCCGGGCCUCACUGGAGCCUGCUCAGGCCCUGGCAUCGGCGCUGCCAAGCCCAUCAGGCCGGGGCAUGGUGCCAGGCUGCCCUCUGCAGAGCCAGCGCCUCCUGGUCUGCUGAGGUCACUAGCCUCGUCGGUGCCCGCUGGUAGGAAGGCAGCAGCCCUCACCUUCGCCUAACCUGCUGCCCCCUCGCUGCCCCGUACCCAAAGGAGCCCCCAGAGGCAGCCAGGGCUCCUCUGCACCUGGCUUUGCAGCUAGGGCAGCCGGGCAGGCAGCCGGGCAGGCAAGUGGGCAGGCAGCCGAUCGGGAAGGGGGGAACGGUGGGCGGGGGGCUCUCACAUCCCCAGCUCCUGGACCAGCUCCUCAGCCCUGCGCCGACCGAAGCCAACAGCUGGAAAUCCGCAAGAGAGUGACUUAAACGAAAACCAACUUCAGCGUUUCUGGACAUUCGGCAUCUCUGGGCUCAGAAGCCAAGGCUCCUUCUUCAUUAGGAGACGUUUGGGGCAGCCUGUGCAUAUGAUGCUGGAGGCAAACCCUCCCAGGAAAGCCCUGGGGAAACCCCAAUCUGCUUAAAACCUUUGGAAGACUGUCCUGCUCGGGACAGUUGUUGGAGGACUGGACCUGACGUGGUCAGAACAUUGGGAUGACUUACAGCCCGGCUUCCCCUCGGGACUUGUACCGAAGCAGCGUCCCCACCCCAGAGCCUGACCUGGGGACCACUACGGAUGGGGCUGCUUCAGAGAGUGCCACACUCAGUCCCGAAACUACCAGCUUUAACAGCACCAAAAUUCCAGAUGUGGCCAGCAGUGGGGCCAACAUGGGGACAAUGUUACUAUCCUUUGGAAUCAUCACGGUGAUUGGCUUGGCCAUGGCAAUGGUUCUAUACAUCAGGAAAAGGAAGAGGCUGGAGAAGCUUCGUCACCAGCUUAUGCCCAUGUAUAACUUUGACCCCACGGAGGAGCAAGAUGAACUAGAACAGGAGUUGUUGGAGCAUGGGAGAGAUGCAGCUUCAGCACAAGCCUCUCAGAACAAGAUUCUGCUGACAAACCAGGGCCCGAUGCAGAGACCCAGCCGGCUGGUUUUCACUGAUGUGGCCAAUGCCAUCAACGCUUGACUGGCAUCUGUCCCAGUUUUGAGAUGCACCUGGUGGCAAGGAGGACAUCACCCCUCACUGGACAGCACUAACUCUAGUCAGCUCAUGGGAGCUGGUUCUGCUGGGAAGGUCUCCUGGUCAUUUCUAUUUCUAGCCUACACAGUGCUGCCUGACCUGGAAUUUAUAAAGCUCUGGCUGGACAUGAAAUUGGCAUCAUAGUACAGCACGGGAGAGACAAUAUCCCCAUGAUAUAAGACAAAAAUGGCAUCUGAGAUGCCUGGAUUCUCUUUGCAGGAGGCAUCAGCUGACUCCACGGUUCACUGGUUCUCUGUACCUCACCCUCCCUCUCUCUCUCCCUCCUCCCCUUUCCUCCCUCGGCUUUGAGCAAAUCACACUCGGCUAAUGCCUGGCUUAAACUGAUGAUCAAAGGAGUUGGAAUCUAUGAGCACAACAGGCUAAAACUUGGGCCAAAUUGAGUGGUUGGCUUUUGUGUGUGUGUGUGUGUGAGGCAGGGCUGGGGGAAGCUGAAGCCAUCAUACCUACAAAGCAUUUUUGUCCCCUACUCUCACCUUGUCCCCAAACAGUGUAUUCUCUGCUCAACAAAAGAUAAAGGAGAAGGGGUGAGGGAGUAGAGGGAGGGAUAAAAACAGGAAGGAGAAAGAAAGGGAGACAUAGGGAUGGAGAAGGAGAGAUGAAGUGAGGAAUGGUUAGAAGAGAAGAGGUGGGGAGGGAAAGGAGGGAAGGAGAGAAAUGGAAAAAGACAGAAAUGGGAGAGAGAGAAAGAUUUAGGGAAAGCAAGGGAAGGAGGGUCUGGGCAGGCUCUCAUUAUAGUCCUGACCCAUGUCUGAAAUCCCUGCAUACUUGGUACAGCUACUUCCAUUUCUCUUGGAAAAUGUCACUGGUGAGUGUGAGUGGGUGGAUCUGGAGUUAGUGGGAGAGGGAAACCAGUGGCUCAUGGAAUGGCCUCCCCUUUCUUGGGCCUAUUUUCUUUUUGUUUUUGAGGGAGGAAGGCAGGGCAAUUGGGGUUAAGUGA